UUAACCAUGUUUCGUGUUGACCAUGGAGAUGGUUUCCCUACUUGACUCACGAGUCACGGCCAAACUCUAGAAACCCUCCUCCGAUCGCAGCGAAGGCAGCGGUGACGACAAAGACCGGCGUUCAGCGGCGACGGAGGCGGAGGCGGCGGAGCACCAUCAUCAAACCCUCCUCCUCCUCCUCCACCGCUCACAGCGAAGGCAGCAGCGCCGGCGUUCAGUCAAUAGGAGAGCUGGGGUCCUCUGCAGUGCGUUGACAGUCUCCUCACCAGUCUGGCCAUGGUGGCCAAUAGGGUAAUCCAGUAGUUACUGCUCCAAUUCGAUGGCCUGAAGUCUGUGCCACCAACCAAAUAUUGAAAGUCAGUCGUUCAAGAAGUACUUCAUUCACCAUCACGAUUUACAUCAAUGGUUGCCCUUGACUCUACACCAACUGUCAAACCACUUCUUGGACCCUCUGGUUCAAUAAGCCAUUAAGUCUGACGCUUGGACAGGUCAUCUUUUGCAAUGAAGACUCAUAACGAUGAUGAGAUUGAUGUGGAAGAUGUUAAAUUGGAAAAAGGCAAAGAGAAGACAGUAAGAAGUAACAAGACAGUUAAAAUACACAACCGGGCCUUGGUAUCUGGCCUUGCAUAUUGCAUUUCAUCUUGUAGCAUGAUACUGGUUAACAAGUAUGUCCUUUCCAGUUAUGAUUUUAAUGCCGGGAUAUCCUUGAUGUUUUAUCAGAAUCUUGUCUCAGUGGUUGUUGUGUCCUUGUUGAGUUUUUUUGGUGUAAUAACAACUGAACCACUCACAUGGAGAUUGAUUAAGGUCUGGUUUCCUGUGAACGCUAUAUUUGUUGGGAUGCUAAUCACAAGCAUGUUUAGUCUGAAGUAUAUUAAUGUCGCCAUGGUCACAGUCUUGAAGAAUGUUACAAAUGUGAUAACUGCAGUUGGUGAAAUGUAUCUAUUCAACAAGCACCACGACAACAGAGUCUGGGUUGCGUUAUUCUUAAUGAUUGUAUCAGCAAUCUCUGGAGGAAUUACAGAUAUAUCUUUUCAUGCUGUUGGCUAUGCAUGGCAGCUUGCCAAUUGUUUCUUGACAGCAUCAUAUUCCUUAAUGCUGCGUAGGAUCAUGGAUACAGCAAAGCAAGUUACAAAAUCUGGAAACUUGAACGAGUUUUCAAUGGUCUUGCUUAAUAACACACUUUCAUUGCCCUUGGGACUUCUACUUAUUGCUGUCUUCAAUGAGGUGGAUUAUCUUUCUACAACACCGCUUUUAAGGAUUCCCACCUUCUGGUUGGUGAUGACGCUAAGUGGAUUUUUGGGCCUAGCAAUCAGCUUCACUUCAAUGUGGUUUCUUCAUCAAACAGGGGCCACUACAUACAGCCUUGUUGGGUCACUGAAUAAAAUUCCCCUCUCUAUUGCCGGUAUCCUUCUGUUCAAUGUCCCUACAAAUCUAGAGAAUGCUACAAGCAUACUCUUUGGUCUGGUGGCAGGAGUGUUUUUUGCAAGAGCAAAAAUGCGGGAAAGAUCUCAAUCUUAACAUGCUAUUAAUCGCUUUGUAUCUGCACACACUGGUUGUGCCUUGACUACAAAUAUACCUUGUGGUUUUUCUGGAUCUGAUGUUAAAUAUUUCGCAUCACCAAAAACAAAGAAACAUUGAGAGCAUUUAUCUUUGACAAAGCAGCAGGGGUAGAGAAAAUCUUCUUCCAUUGGGAAGUGACUGUUGUAGUUCCUUGUUACCUCAGAGAUGGGUGUACUUCUUUCAUGCUUGUUUUUGAUGAAGAUACUGCCACUAAUGCUUGCUGUUUCUGAUCUUUAUUCGAAGCACGGGGACCUGUUUCCUUCCCCUUUGUAAUUUGUUAGACACCUGAGUGAACUUUAAUAUAUUCAGGUCAAGUCAAGUAAAGCUCAGAAGAAAGCAAAAUGUACCAACUACUGUAAUGGUGGAAUGAGACGAUGUAUUUCUUUUCAGGGUAGAGAAAUUUCAUCCAUUUUUGUUUUUUGGGUUUAUGGCGGUUGAGCUGCUAGUUUCAUUCUGAGCCAUUGAUUGUGGAGACCAUACAUAUUAGGAUUGCUUUUAUAGAUGAAGUUGGAGCUUGUAUGCGUCCAAAUGGUUGAGACAUUGGUUAUUAAUAUGUUCUGUUCAGAUACUCAAAAGAGAGAAGGAAUUUUAACUUUAUUUGUAACAAUUUUGUAAAAGAAUUAUUCCAUUAGACAUAUAUGGCUCCUCGUGAGAGCUCUCAGACA